AGCAAACAUGUAUGAGUGGCUGUAAUGCAGAGGGAUACAAGUCGCAUCAACACAGUCCGUAGGAAACAAGGUAACGGCAAGUUGUCAAGAUACCACCGAUCACAACGGAAAACGCGUCUGCUGGCGGGAGUUUACCGCUGAGGCGUCGGAUGGAUGAUGAGGAGGAGGACAUGUCACGGCCCAUCUCGCAGCUCUGGGGAACGCCCUUUAGGGACGUCAAAUACGAAGACCGCGCCACACAGAUCGCGGCCGGACAGGCUCUUGUCGCCGUCACCGCUGCCGUGCCAGCGUCGCAGAGCCACAACAACAACAGCAUCGGCAUCAACACGCUGCCCUGCAGCUUGCACCGGCAGCCUCGCAUACCCUUUCACGGCAACGCUGGAUUACGCUCACAUUUCCCUGCUCAGUUUGAGCCCAUGGAGGACCGGGGAGAGAGACAGAUUGAGGAGGAGGAGGAGGAGGACAGAGGUGAGGAAGAUGACAGGAUGGCAGAGAGGCCCGAGGAGCAGGCGGGGGUGAGCGUCGAGGCGCAAAUCGGUCGUAAACUUCGGGAGAUCGGAGACAAGUUCCAACAGGAUCACGUUGAACUGUUCCUGAGGCAUCAGAGACAAAACCUGCCUGCCUGGAUGCGCCUCACGAUGGCCCUGUUUGGCUUUCUGUUUCCAAGAGAGGCUCUCUUCCCCCGCCUGAGAGGACAGCAGAGAUGAAGGGGCUUCCUGCCGGCCCUUGCCUCAGCCCUUGUUUUACCCCGACAGGAACAAGGGACCAGACUUUUUAAGAGAUGGCACUGUAAGAUGGAACACGGGUUUGGAUUUUGUUUUCUAAUUGAAUAUGAAGAUGAGAUGAAGAAAACACUGGUCACCGCUGGACGGAGACUGAUUACAAUUUUUCUUAAUUUUUUCUUUUUUUUUUUUUUUUUUUUUGGUUGUUUUUUCGCCUCUCCAAGAAGAAGCCAUUGCGUUUGAAGAGAUAUUUUCGAAAUAUUUGUAAGAUUACCUAUUUUGUACAGUAGACUGCUCUUUUUUUUUUUUGGUAUUUCAAGUCUUGAAGGACCUCCAUCAGUCCAGGGAAUGCCUUAUUCUCUCCUGCCACAGUACAACUCUUUUGCAUCAAGGAAAUCAUUAAAAAAAGAGAUUCAUGUUUUUUAAGAUUAGGCCACUUUUUUUGGCGACAAACUGUGGACACGAACAUUUCUGUGCUGAAGUUACUGACUUAAAACCUUGAGGACUCGAGGCACAUUUCUAAUUUAUUCAGAGAAAAACAAUAAGCCCUGUACUUAUCCUUUACUGUUCCACACUGGCUAAUUUCAAAAUGGUGGUCAUGACAUUGUGGCGGUGCUACACACUGGUGUUAGUGUUGCACUGUCGGUCAGUUUAGAUGUUUUGCCAGCUUCCACUGUAGACGUAGGGACAUUUUAUCAACCUGUGUCAUCUGUCAGCCUCUCCAUCUCCAGUACCACUCAUGUUGUUAGAAGUGGCUUAAAGACCCACUGUGUAGAUCCAGAUCCUGUUGAUUUAAAGGAUGAACAUGUAUACUUGAAUGUAGGUGUACUGAAGACAUUGUAGUCGAGUAACUUCAAUACCUGACAUUAUCGUGAUUACUCUUUGAAUUUGUGAUCAUGUGUAUGUAGGAGUGCGUGCUUACUGUUUCCAAAAUCUGCAGUCAUUUUAAAACCAAAUAAGCACAAACAAGUCUCCUUUGUGGGAUCACGAUCAGGGAACUGGAAAAAACAAUCACACAGCUGAAAAUCUUUGGAUGAGUUUCAUCGUUUUUCUGAAGCUUUUCAGUCUUUCUUUCUCUGGCUGGAUUGACAAUCGCAAUUUUGCCCUUUGCUGCAUUGUGUGGGUCGCCCGUGAGAGAGAUGACAUUUUAUCAGCGUUUUUAGGGGCGAGCAAUAUUCAAGCCAGUGGAAGGACGUUUUUUUUAAAAAAAAAAAAAAAGAAGAAAAUCUUAGGGAUCUGUUGCAUUUGCAAUCAAACUGACAACCAUAGAAGGAAUGUUUCCCAAAAUAUGGCUGUGUUCUCAAUGAAAUACACCUCUUUACAAAUUUCUUUGUUACAGAAACAUUUUGGGUUAAAGGGUAACUUUGGUAUUUUUCACUCUGGAUCCUAUUUUCACACAUUUUUGUGUCUUAGUCACCAAAGGGUACAACAAUAUUUGAGCAAGAGGCUGCAGCAUAACCACUCAGCGUUUCUGCAUUGGCACUGCCCAUUUACAUCCACUAAAAGUGCUCGUUUGUUUGCCACCAACAGAGUCGGAUUGUUAUCGUUAGUAUCUCACAUGAUUAUGGAAAAGAUCCCGAAGGGGGGAGACUGUUUUAUCAAAGAGUAAGAUCCUUUUUGUUUAACCAUCACCAAACCCACCAGACUCCAUUUGAAUAAAUUGAAAUUUUAUCACUGUAUAACACACAUUAUUCAAAGUCAACAGAAACAAAAUAAAACUCACAAAAGCUGCCUUAGCUCAUCAUCAUCUUUCCACAACACUCACUGACUAUGGUUUUGUUGAAAUAAAACCAUUAUUCACCCAGUUAGAUGUGAAAAUGUUCUGACUCUAUACAGGCUUAAAUUACUGUUUUUUAAAUGGAGUCUGGUGGGUGUGAUGAUCGAGAUGUCGGGGCUGUUUCUGGUUGAAUAAAAAUGAUCUUACUCUUUAAUUAAAAGGUCUAUCUCUGUUGGGAUCUCUUCCAUAAUUAUGUCAGACACAUAAAAUAAUAAUCUGAGCCUGUCAGUGGCAAAGAAGCACUUUUAGUGACAAAAACAUGGGAAAAUAAGGUCCAGGUUGAAAAGUACCAAAGUUCCCCUUUAAAGUUACUGAGAUGCAUUUUUAUUUUAUUUCACUCCAGGUGUAAAUGUCUCGAGCACUGGUUCAAUCCCAGCGUGCUGAUACAUGUACGUAUCCACCUUUCAUUCAAGUGCUUUGUUUCACCAAACUGCCAGUGGUACACCCAGCUUCACUGAGGACUUAGCUUCUGUACAGUUCAAGAACCGUUUUUUUACAGACACGGACACAUUUGGGUAUAUAGGAGAAAGCUUAUACACCCUUUGUGACAACUGCUACGUUAGCAUGUUGCGACGACACAGCCACUGUUUCUCCAUGUAAGGUUUAUCAAGGAAAUAGUCUGUAAGGACUUUAAAUAAUAAGAUGUUAAAAAUUCCUCAUUUUUAAGUUUUAUUUCAGUCUGUUGUAGAUUCAUGAUAUGAACUUUUGAAGACACUGAUGGGUUUUUUUCUUUAUGUUUUCUUCAGGGAGUAGUUAAAAACCAUGUAAAUUACCUGAUGCUCAUUAUAAAUUGCAAAUAAUCUGCCUCUGAGGACGAUGCAGCGCAGACGAUGCUGCACAAGCAAAGAGAUAUUUCAUUAUCAAAGAAUAUUCACUCAACAUCAACAUGGAAGAGUGUUACAGAUUUUAUUUUGUAACGACAUGAGUAGCUGAACCAAAAGUUUGUUUCCUGCAAACAAUGAACGCUGAGCCAAUUCAGACAGUUGUGACGCACUCUCUGGUCUGCAGUCCAAAGCUCUUUUACCGAACGCCAUGGUUAACUACUCCCUGUCCUUAUCGAGAACAAGUUUCAUUUUGUUUGGUUUUCUUUUUAGAUAAUUUAUUCUAAUUUAUUUUGUGUAUAUUUGCUCAGUGCUACUGUAUAGAUGCUAUCUCAGUGUGUACAGUCCUUUUCUUCUCGUUGUUGAUGCGCAUUCAGUUGUGUGUUUGAUGCCUGUGUGUGGGGAGGUUGGACUAAAGCCAUGUGCCUCGUGCGUCCUCACACGAAUGGUGUGAGUCUUUACAAAUCACGUGAACAAAAACAGACAAUCAAAUGUACAAAACGUGCCUUGUGAGUAACAGACCUGCCACAUCAUCACCGACACUUGGCAUAAUUCCCCCAAAGUCACUGGUCAACGCUCUCGUUUCACUCGGGCCCUGUGAGAUUAACAUGCUCUGACGCGAUGGAGUCGGCACAAACAGUACGGCGUGUUCGUUGUGCCUUGAUACAAACAAAAUCUGUUUCACGAGGCACAGGCUCAACCUUUGACAUCUCUCAGCACGAACGGCGAGUUUCACCACGCUUCUUAAUAUCAGAAACGACUGUUUGCAAUCAAUGUGCACUGUAAAAAAACAAACAACAUUUUUUACCUGUAUACUGUAUUUUGCGCCUCUCUCUUUCUACUCCUGUGCUGAACUUCCCCUCUAGAAACUUUUUAAGAUCUGUAAUAUGCUGGAUCGGCCCGGCUCGUCUGGGUUUUUGUGCUUUAUUAUCUACAAUCUAGUAGGGCUGUGGGUUUCUGUUUGAAGGAGGAAUGAGCCACCAUGGUGCCCAGUAUUAUUUGUAUGUGAGACGGGUUGAACAGCCAUCUGUCGCUGUGGUGUUGAUCUGAGCCUGUUGUUACCAACCACUCUUGCAACCCUGACUCAAGUGAAACAUUUGUUAUUCGUUCAACCUUCAGUGUCUUUAAUAUCAAAUUUCUUCGAUCGUUUUUUUGAAUAUCCAAGAAAGAGUGCAUCUUUACUGUCAAGUGCUGUGAUUUGGUGUUUUUUAUACAUUAGACAUGAAUUUGACACAGCUAUUGUUGCUAUCUUUAUAUAAAAAACCCACACAUUUUUAGCAAAAAAUUUUCCAUAUCCUUUUGUAAGAAGACGAAGAAAGAACUACAACAACACAACUUUUUUGCUUUUCUAUGCUUUUUUUUUUCCAAUGUUGUGGCAUUUUUAAUUUUGGAUAUUGCCAAGUCUGCUGUGUCACUCUCAGUUCAAGGGCUUUUUUCGAUAUAUGUAAAUGGAGUAAAAAUGCAUGUCCAACAUUCCUGAAAAAAAAUCUGUAUCUUAAGGGUUUGAAUGUAAUUUAAUGGAGUGAAAACCACGAUAUCUCUUUUAAUACAUGAACUGAACAGUGGAACUUAUUUCAGACUCUGGCGCCAUGUGCGCGGCGAGUUUGUAUUGUCUUCACAUUUCUUUCUUUACGUUCAGAGUGGUCUCAAGGAUUUCACACUCAUGUGUCCUAAUGAAGUGAGACCCAGUCCAGAUGUAGCAGUUUUUGUUAAAGCAUUGGCUGUGUUAUCUUUGGGACUGCUCUGUGUCUACUGCACAGUUUUCAAACGGCGCAGGACAUGAAGCGAUGGAGGGAACGGAGGAGGACGGGGGAUGUUUGAUCUUUUUCUAGUGCAAUAUGCUGUACAUAAGAGCUUGGCUCUCGAAAUCUUACAAUUUCUCUUAAUUUCUUCUGUUGUUAAAUGGGUACAUUGCUGUUUUGUUUUGUUUUUUUCAUUAAAACUUUAUGGACAAUUGAAA